GGCGCAGUCAUCGCGGAGCUCGCUCGCGCUCGCGGCUAAGCUCUCUCGAAAGCUUUUUCUCUAUUUGCUCCCUCGAUCUCUCUUCUUGCUCUAUCCCUUCCGAUACUCCGACCACGACGUUAGUUUGACUAGGCGGAUGUUCCACGACACACUCUAGCAGCUCGAAAAGCAAGCAUGACUCUCACGAGGCCCGCACUCUUCUCCUUCCACUUUGAGCAUAAAAAAUACGCAACUGCGAGCACGCAUGGAAAUCUCCGAUGAGAUCUAUGAAAUGAGGGAUGCGGUUUUGCAGAAACGAAAUAAUAACGCGGCGACCUUGAAAUCGAAACCAUCCCUCGAAAUUUAUCGACCGCCCGGUCAGUACGGCGUCAGAACGGACGGAACGACGGCUAAUGCAACGACCAAUCCCCAAUUGAAUGUACACGCCAAGGAAUUCACCAUGAAGCACAACGACCUACACUUACACAAAUCCCAGCCCAACUCGGCGGAGCGCCCGUACUAUCUGCAGCACAGCAAGUCCAGCGGCAACGUUCACCGUUACCUCUACGCUCAGCAGCAGCAGCAGCAGCAGCAGCAGCAUCAACACCACGCAGCGCAGAUGCACUACCCGUUGCAGCACCAACUGUCGCCAGGGCCACAUCACCAUCCGUCCGGCUAUCAUCCGCUGAUGGCGGCUGCCACGCAGAUGCACCGACAACCGCACGCCUUGAACACUUCCGCCUCGAGCGGCAACAUUUUACACAAUUCCGGUCGAGUUCACUUUAGCGUGGACGCACACGAAAUGAAAACUCCGACCCCGAAGCCGGGGAAGCUCACGAAAUCCUUGUCCUUUGUUUCGUCGUACGGCUUGAGACGUUCCAAGAGUUUCACCGCGCCCGAAGUCCUGGCGAACAAGGCCAUGAGCAUCGCCGACGCCUUGGAACUUGGCAAGUUUCCUGCCGACGUGCAAGAAACACUGAUCAAAGCGAUCGACGAUCCAAACGUUUUGAGCGCACGAGUGCUCAUGGAGCUCGUGCGGCACAUUCUGGAGCGUGUCAUCGAGAAUCAGCGCUGUGCCGCUCCGGCAGCCAAGAUCUGUAUCACGAUCAUCGAGAAAGAAGUCAAAGAGACGUUUCUCGAGUCUUUGCUCAACACAUGCCAGCAAUGGUACCAAGAGCGUAACAGAUUCCUUCAGGACCUAUCAUCCUGUCAUCACUUUUCAGCUUUUAUGACAUUCCUCAAUGAAAUGUACUGUCAGCUGAAACGACGUCAGCUGCAGCUGAAGACGCAGCAGGAAGGCGUUCCUCCCGGACGCGUCCUCCUCACGUUGCUCUACAAGUGCUGCCAAGAUUGCCUCCGUCCUCCGAUGAUCAAUUCAGCCGCGGAGGCGAACUGUCUGUUCUUCAUUCUGACGUGCAUCGGCAAGGACCUCGCCACCGAGCUACCGGCGCAGCUCCAGCAGCUGUUGGGCGGCGUGCGCGACACCUUCCUGAAGCAGGACACGGCGCCGCCGCCGGUGCGCAAGACGCUGCUGCAGCUGAUCGAGCUGCACGCCGCGCACUGGCAAUUGCCCGCUCCGGCGGUGGUCUAUUACUAUCCGGGCUCGUCCAAAUGACGAAGGCCCGGCUGAACGAGCAACAGCAGCAACCAUCGUGCCAUUGUACUUUGCGUCGUCCUCGAAGCGCGACCUCGCGCGCGCUGCGCCCGGCGCGAAUCGAAGGGCGACGGCUCCGGGUUCGUCGCGUAGAGUCCGAUCUACUCCGACUUGAAUUCGUUUAGCGAGGCUCUCUUCGUUUUGCGCUUUCGGCGCGCGGGCGACGUCGCGGUUUUCACCUUUCGCGGAUGGACAUUAUACUUAUGUUUCCUUUCUUUCCUUCUUUUUCUUCUUUCCCUCUUCGACGUGAGCCGCGUGCGCGCGAAGCGAUUGAAUUUUUAUAUUGGAGCAUUUACAUAUGAACGUACGGCAACGCUGUGUGAUACACACACGGAUACGAAAGAAGUUGUAUAGCAAUCGCUACUGCACCGCGCGGAGAUUGGUCGCUUGUCUCUGCGCUCAACUUCUGAUUGGUGGUUGUGCGGCAAUUUUUGUAUACGUUGUAAAUUCUCGAUCUACUCGAUACAACCCCGACAAAAUCUAGUCUGAACUUGUGUGAAACAAAUUGCUGCUGCGUAUUUCAGAUUCUUCUUUUCUUUUUCUACCUAGUUAGUUUUGAUGACCAUGCACCUUUAUAAUCAUAUUUAGUUUGCGUCGCUUUAGUGCGUGACGAGAGUCACGCGCGCACAUUUUCGUCUCAAUUUCCUUCUCGUUUCACUUGUAAAUCGCAUUUAUAUAAUUUGACAAACGCAGACACUUAGAACGUAAUUUUUUUUGUAAACCCAGACACGUGGGUAUAGAAACGCAAUCUCAUUAACAAUUUUUAUCGAUAAAAUAAAAUAAAAAAAAAAAAAAAA